AUGUCGCGCAUGCCAUCGAGUUUCGACGGGGGCGAUGAUGACGUGAAGGAGAUGCCCUUCAUGGAAAAGAUUGUGUUUCAUUGUAAGCAGCAACCAUUAGUUCCGUUGGGGACAUUACUUACCACAGGUGCUGUUAUAUUGGCAGCUAAAAAUGUCAGAGGAGGGAACAAGUUGAAAGCCCAAAUCUACUUUAGAUGGCGUGUGGGGCUGCAGGCAGCUACGCUGGUUGCAUUGAUUGCCGGUUCGUACGUUUACGGGUCUGCAGUUCAGCAGCAGAAGAGCAAAGAGGAACAGAUGCGUGAGAAGGCCAAGGUUAGAGAGCAAUUGUGGAUCCAGGAACUGGAACGUAGAGAUAAGGAGACUCAUUAUAGGAAGAAGAGGGCCGAACUGGUCCGUAUGAGGGCCCAAGAAGACGAAGAAGCGAUUGCUAGGCUUCAAAAGGAGUUAAAAGACCUGGAGAUUCAGAUCAGAGGCCAGGCCGAUUAG